AUGGCCAAUAGCAAGUAUGAGUAUGUUAAGCAAUUUGAACAACCAGAUCAAUUGUUACCAAAUGUAUGGGUGGUGAUCAGAGUGGAUGGUCGAUCAUUCCACAAGUUCACAACCAAACACGAGUAUCAGAAGCCAAACGAUGAUAGAGGUCUGGAGUUAAUGAAUCGUUGUGCAUUGGAGGUGUGCAAAGAGUUCACUGACAUUGUAAUAGCAUUUGGUGAGAGUGAUGAAUAUAGCUUUGUUCUCAAGAAGACCUGUACAUUGUUUGAACGUCGUGAGAGUAAGAUCAUCUCUUCAGUAGUAUCAUACUUUACCAGUCAAUUUGUAUAUCGAUGGAAGGAAUACUUUGGAGAGUAUCCACUCAGGUAUCCACCAACCUUUGACUCAAGAGCAGUCUGUUAUCCAUCAGAUCAAAACUUAAGAGAUUACCUAAGUUGGAGACAAGCAGAUACACAUAUUAACAAUAUGUACAAUACUGUAUAUUGGGCAUUGGUGUUGAAGGGUGGCAAGACACCACAUGAGGCAGAGGUGUCUCUAAAGGGUACACUGGCAGAGGCAAAGAAUGAGAUACUCUUCACUCAAUUUGGUAUCAACUAUAACACUUUGCCACAGAUGUAUCGCAAGGGAUCAGUAAUCUAUCGCAAGAUGGUCAAUGAGGAAUCAAUCGACAGUCGAACCAACGAACCAACAAACAAACUCAAGAAACGUCUUGUUGUGGAGCACAUUGACAUCAUCUCUGAUAAGUUCUGGAAGGACAAUGCUGAUAUUCUCUCAUCAUAA